AAAGUUUCGGUGUCGAAGACAAAUACGAAAACCAUAAAAGCUCCUGGUAGUUCUAAGGAAAGAGUAGCACAGGCUUGUGAUAGAUGUCGUGCGAAGAAAACGAAGUGCGAUGGCCGUAAUCCAUGCUCAAGUUGUUCAGCUGUGGGCCUAGAAUGUAUUGUGUCAGAUAAGUUGUCAAGAAGAGCGUUUCCAAAGGGAUAUACAGAGACCUUGGAGGAAAGAAUACGACAAUUGGAAUCAGAAAAUAAGAAACUUGCUGGUCUUUUGGAUAUUCGAGACGAGCAGCUUGAAUUAUUGAAUUCAGGCUUGAGUGGGUCUGAUAUCCAAGCUGACAAUACUAAAAAUUUGUCUUUAAUAAAGGAAGAACCUGUAGAAGACCACAAUAAGGUCACUUCUUCAAAUCUCAGCCUACUUGAAACAGAGAGCCGUCAACUGACCGAAGUGCAUACACAUGAUGGCAGUUGUCCUUGUGGAUGUUCAAAUCCACAUGCUGUUCAUGAAAGACCGGUUUCCAUAGCAGGAUCCAUGUAUGAUGGACAAGCCCCAGUUUCUAUUGCUGGGUCUAUAAACUUAAGUGAUGACGACGACGACGAUCGUGAUAGCUUAUUGAGCGUUGAAGAGUACCUGGUGAUAGACUAUAGGAAACUGAAGCCGUAUUCAACAAACUUGAGUAACAGAGAAGUCAGUCCCGCGCCUGGAGCGUUCGCUGCUGCUACGGCUAUCGCUCAGAUGCAGAAGAAUAAAGUAUUCCAACAACAACAGCAACAGCUUGAACACCAAAGCAAACAACAGAUGCUUACUUCUUUGGUUGCAAUCUCCAUUCCCCGUAGCACAGAAGAAACCUUGUUCAUUCCAACCUUGUUGGCCAGAAUUUGCCAGGUUUAUGGUUACAACUCCAAGCCUUCUAUAGUAACAGCAAAUGCUAUUGCAUCUUUGAAAGAAAAUCCUAAAGAAAGUAGCAAGUACAAAUCACCUCGAGAAGCUCUACUGAAGUUGAUAAUGAACAAAGAUGCUUCGAAACUUAAUGAUGCGGAAGCAUCCUUUUUCAUCAGAGAUUUGAUAAAGUUACCUCCACGAAUGGAUAUGGACCACCUAACUACAGUGUACUUUCAAGACUGGGGAAAUUCUCUUCCAAUCAUGGACAAAAACGCUUUUUUGAAAAACUAUGUAAAACUCCUUGAUAUCUUAGAAGGAUCACAGUAUACUUCCAACCCAGAUGACCAUGUGUCCUUCGAGCUGAUUGAAAAGUUUGGCGCAAUCAUGGUCAUUGUGUUAUGUUUGAGUUUGUUGGCUACAAAAAAUGCUCAUUUGUCUGGAAACAACGAAUCUAUCGAGAAAUAUGUUGCAUAUUUGAACCACUACGACUAUCUUAUUCACGAAUUCAUCAAACCAAACUGUGUGAUCACGAAGUACUGUUCUAUUCAAUCACUCCAGAUAUUGUCAUUGGCGUUACAUUAUUGUUUGGUUACUGGUGAUAUCACCACAUGCUACGAAUUACGUGGUAGAGUGAUCAGUAUGGCACAGCAAUUAAGGUUACAUAGAUGUCCUGCUGCUGUUUUAGGUAUCAGCGGAAGUGAUGAGAAUGUUAACUUGCAGAAUUUCAGGCAAGGUGAAAGGCGUAUCUUAUUUUGGUGCGUUUAUUGUUUGGAUGUCUAUUCAUCCUUCAAUCUUGGUGUUCCUAGAUUAUUUAAGGAUUUCGAAGUUGAAUGUGCCAUGCCAUUUGCUGGCAAAAAUGACGAUGAUGACAAUGACAAUGUCAACAUCUUGGUUGUCAAUAACACCAAGUUAUCUAUUGUAGGUAAAGUUUCCAAGUUUGCCUUAAGUGUGAUGCAGUACUGUAAGGUAUUAGGAAACAUAUUAGAUUCUAUUUUUUCUAGAUACGAAGCGGCAGAAACCCAGAGUAAGGCACUUGCUAGAGAUAGAAUGCUUGAUUGUUGGAGAAGAGAACUCCCUCCAGACUUGAAGUUUGAAAUAGAUAUCAAUGGUCUUUCACUUAAGGAUACGGGUGACAUGGCUGAUGAUUCCAUCUGGAGAAACUACUCGAGACAACAAUUGACAUUGAUAUUUUUGUACUACCACUCCAAAAUCUUAAUUUAUUUGCCAAUCAUCUCCAAGUAUGGUAACCACCAUAACGUUGGACUUUCAGAGAAAGAACGUCUAUUCAAAGGUGAAGGUGAUGUGGCAACAAUAGUAUCCAGCGUCAGUAUGAUUCAACAAUCGUCUAUUCAAAUUCUAGAGGUAUUGAAAAGUUUGUCCAAGAACACAUCUUCUAAUGUAUUGCCUAUUCCUAUAAAUAUUGCACGGGAACAGGCUAGGUUUGCUUUAUUGGUAGCCAAGGGAAGCUUGGAUUACAUGAAAGGUGGUCCACUUUACCAGAGUCUGAAACUGUUGUUAUUAGAAACUAUUGGGUUCUUAAAUCGUGAAAGUGCCUUUGAUAUACCUGGUGCAUUAUCUAGAAACUCAGUCAAGUUGAUGGAGUUGUCUAUACUAGGCAUUCUUGGUCUUAACUUGAACAAAGCAUCAAUGAACAUAAAGAAAAAGGUCGCACCAGUCAGUCAACCUAUUUCAAGGGCUGCUGUGGAUCGAGAUCCAUACAAUCAACUGCAGGUAGAUUCGACGCGUUCUUCAUUUGCAAGAAGUACUGCUAGAUCACCCCCAUCCAAACUAGGCAACAAGAUUGCUGGUGGCGUUCCUGGAUUAUCUGAACAAGAAGUCUUAGCAGCAUUGAAUGGUGAGCAGGAAAAUUCUAACGACUUUACUGACUCAACGAUACCUCCAUUAGACACCGAGGUGAUGAUGUCAGACUCUAAUAACACUGUCGAUGAUAGCGAUUUAUUAGAGACACUAUUGAACUUCGACGACUUUAAGGUUAACAUUAACCGACAAUUGAUCAUGAACGAAUUUGCUGCAGAUGGUUCAUUGGGAUUGGUUCCAUUUUUGGAUAUGAACAAUUCCAGUGACUCCAAUGACAACAUAUUUAAUGGCUCGUUCGACGUGGUUAAUAUGAGCAAAGGCAGUAGCAAUGAC